AUGGCUACAUCAAUGCAGCCCGGCAAGUACACGGGCUUGGUUGCCGACUUGAUGCCCAACAUCCGGGCGAUGCGAUACUCUGGACUGUUCAUGCACAACUUUACUGGCGGGAGCAUCUUUUUCAAGAGGGUUUACUCAUCCGUUCACCUGGUGUUGAUCGUCAUGCACAUAGGAUUCAUCCUGGUCAAUCUGGCGCUGAAUGCCGAAGAGGUCAACGAGCUGUCCGGCAAUACGAUAACCACUCUAUUCUUUACGCAUUGCAUUGUGAAGUUCGUCUACCUGGCCGUGAAUCAAAAGAACUUUUACAGGACCUUGAACAUCUGGAACCAGGCCAACACGCAUCCCCUAUUCGCGGAAUCGGAUGCCCGCUACCAUUCCAUAGCCUUGGCCAAGAUGCGCAAGCUCUUCUUUCUGGUCAUGCUGACUACGUUCGCUUCGGCCACGGCCUGGACCACGAUCACCUUCUUUGGGGACAGUGUGAAAUUCGCAGUCGACAAGGAGACGAACUCUAGCAUCACCGUCGAGAUACCCAGGCUGCCCAUCAAGGCCUUCUAUCCGUGGGAUGCCAGCCACGGCAUGUUCUAUAUGAUCAGCUUUGUUCUGCAGGUCUACUACGUGCUCUUCUCCAUGGUGCACUCGAAUUUGUGCGACGUCAUGUUCUGCUCCUGGCUGAUUUUCGCCUGCGAGCAACUGCAGCACCUGAAGGGCAUCAUGAAGCCACUCAUGGAGCUGUCCGCCUCCCUCGACACCUACAGACCCAAUUCGGCGGCGCUGUUUAGAUCGCUCUCGGCCAACUCCAAGUCUGAGCUGAUACACAACGAGGAGAAGGAGCCCGUCACCGACAUGGACAUGACGGGCAUCUAUAGCUCUAAGGCGGACUGGGGAGCACAGUUUCGAGCGCCAUCCACGCUGCAGUCCUUCAAUGCGGGGGGAAACGGCAACGGCAACGGCAUGGCCAAUAAUCCCAAUGGACUCACCAAAAAGCAGGAAAUGAUGGUGCGCAGUGCCAUCAAGUAUUGGGUGGAGCGUCACAAGCACGUCGUCCGUUUGGUGGCUGCCAUUGGAGAUACGUACGGAGCAGCCCUUCUGUUGCACAUGCUUGUUUCGACCAUCAUGCUCACCUUGCUCGCUUACCAGGCAACCAAGAUCAAUGGCGUCAAUGUGUAUGCGUUUACGGUAGUUGGCUAUUUGGGCUACGCACUGGCUCAGGUGUUUCACUUCUGCAUUUUUGGCAACCGGCUGAUUGAAGAGAGCUCAUCUGUGAUGGAGGCUGCCUACUCUUGCCAUUGGUACGACGGCUCGGAGGAGGCCAAAACUUUCGUGCAGAUCGUUUGCCAGCAGUGCCAAAAGGCUAUGAGCAUAUCUGGUGCAAAGUUCUUUACCGUCUCGCUGGAUUUGUUUGCCUCGGUGCUCGGUGCGGUGGUCACCUACUUCAUGGUGCUGGUGCAACUCAAGUGAGCUAUGCUCCAUCUGAUGAAAUUUUAUUGCUUGUUGUCCGAGUCAACAAAUUGUGUCAAAGUUUAUAUCUAACGAUAGCUGCGAAGCUACGAGGCUACAAUUACGCAUACCUUUAUUAAGGUGCAUCCUCGCCACCCCGACCAACACCGGCUCGACAGAUAAUUGCAAUUACCUAUCGAAUAUCAGCAGCGCAAGUCUUAGUUUUAUACUGCUAGCGAAGCACCUCUUCUACCCAUAUUUUUCACUUUUAUUAAUUAUUGUAAUGAAAGCAAUAGACGCAAUC